AUGACGGCCAGCUACCUCAGGUUACAAGGCACAUAUAUACCACUGGACCCAGGAGUUUGUGCUGGUGGGGAACUUUACCCCAUUGCCGCUGCAGCUCUCGGCUAUGAGAUUCUGCCUGCGUUACAACAUCGUUCGAAGCCCCCGUUUUAUCUGAAACGAGGCGGCAAGGUUUUGUCAAGUGACAGUUGCCUGGAUGCUGACAGCGUACAGUCGAAUGUCGUGUUUGACGUGGCCCUGGUGACGCUGGGAGGCAAAGGCGGGUUCGGUAGCAUGCUCAAAAAGAAGGGCAUGAAGGUCAAGGUUCACAAUUUCGAAAGCAGCAGAGAUCUUUCUGGAAGACGCAUUCGUGACGCCGAAGCAGCGAAGAAAGCCAAGGCCCUCCAGGAACAGAAGGACUGGGAAGAUGAGCUCAUUAGGAGCCUUGGGGGAGAAGACCAGUUCAAAGGCAAGUCCCUAUCUGCCAUAGAUGUCAUCCAGAAAUAUGCCAUACAUCUGCAUCCGGACUCAGCUGACCCUUUCGACAUUGUGGAACAGGCCCAGCCGAAGCAUGACGAGUUAUUCGCCGAGGUUGCCGCCGAAUGUGCACAGGCAGCUCCCGCUGAAACAGGCGAUUUGUGGUCAUUUGGCCCUAGUCCUCAAGUAUCCAGUACCACCAACAUUAACAGUAUGGAGCUCGGAGACUUGGAUAUAGACAUCGAUAUUGAAAUAUAG